UUCACACCUUCAUCAAAGUGUAAACAAGAAUCACACACAUAUAUACAAUUACAGACAGAAAAAAUACGCGUUGCAUAAAAAUUAAAAUCUAAUUCUUACAUAAUCUGUAUAGAAAUCGUACAUGUAAACAACGUAAAAACAUUUUAAAGAAACACAUAUACAUAACAUGACAGAAUGACACAAUAAAUGUAAACUAUCACAUAAUCAUAGAUUGGUUCUUAAAUUAUCUUACAAAAUUAGAAAUUGUAAAAAAUUCAGUUUCUUCUGCUAGGUGUCCAAUGCUUUGUAUUAUACCCUCGCCUCCGCCUGAGUGGGCUCCAAUAAUGGCGCCUGUAGUGAGGCACGCAUUGAAUCAUGGUAUAGCACGAUUGAACCAUGGGAUUGGUUGUCCUAUCCUUCUUUUUGCGAUCCUUGCGAAAAACAAGAAACGUCUCUACAAGCUCUUCCGUGUUUUGGAAUUCAGUAAUGUUUGAGAACAGGGUUUAAUCUGACAGUAAGGGUGUGUUAAAACAAUUUUAAAUGCAGUACAUGUUAUUUCACCUUAGUGUUGGUAAAUAUUAAUAGUGAUCGACCUACCUACAUAUGCAAUAAUGGAUUAAUUAGGUGUAUUUAUGUUAACAUCACUUAAUGACAAGGAAAGCAGUGGAAAUACUACACGUAAACGUUAGGGUUUUAAAACCUUGUGGACUACACGCUCAUUAGAGAAAUACAAUUCCUUGGUGUCUUUGUUUGGCAAAAAUGAAAUGCUCCAGUCACUUAUCAUUUUAAACAGACCGCACUGUUGUUGUCACAUUGCUGAAUUGUAAGAUAGGUUGCAUCUUGUUGCUAAAUCAUGUCGUUGGGCGAAAGCCAAUCAGAUCAUUCAUAGCAGAUAGUUUCAGUUUAAUUUCUUCUAAAACAUAAGUGGUGCCUCUGAAAAAAAAUAUUUACAGAGACGCGUGAACUGACAAAAUGUCUAACGACAAAAUUGUCCGAUAUGCCACACGGCUCCUUUGUUCCCAUCAAGGCUCUUUGGAGUACAGGCAGCUUCACAGGCACGUUUGCAACAGUUUUGACAUUUCAGACUACGGCCUGUGCUACAUCUUGAGGGAAUGCUGUAGGUUUGCUGUUGUUGGUGGCACUGAAGACAGGACGUCAUAUACAGAGAUCAGCCCGGACUGCAGGAUAAUUGCAAGAACAGCAGUGAGACUGUGCAAGGACUAUCCGAAAGACAGAUGUGCUGACUGCGAAGAAGGGCUUCAUCUUUGCAAAUAUUUUGUUUAUGGUAACUGCAGAUUUGGCAAAGGAAGGAAACCGUGCCGGUACUCACACGAACUUAGUUCAGGCCACAAUUAUGAGGUCCUGAGAAAUUAUCAUCUUCUUGAUCUGGAUCAAGAUGAGCUUUUUAUGCUGCUUCUACAGAAUGACCCCUCUCUUUUACCUGAGGUGUGUGUGCAUUACAACAAGGGAAGUGGACCCUAUGGAGCUUGUACAUUCAAAGCAAGCUGCACCAAACUUCACAUCUGCCAACACUUUGUGCAAGGUGACUGCAUGUUCGGCUAUAAAUGCAAGAGAUCCCACAGGAUUGAGUUGGAUGAUCAGAAAAAGCUGGAGGAGAGGGGGAUCACCAGAGAGAAUAUUCAUAAUCUGCCCUCUAUAUACAGGAAUAUUUACGACUUAAAAAACUGCAGCAUCAGCUCCAUUGAGGGAGAAAUCACAGACACAUCACAGGGGCCAUCAGUAAGUGAACGAGAGAGCAAUGAAAUCUGCCUCCAUUACAUCAGGAAACAAUGCAGUUUUCAAGAAAAGUGCAUUCACGUCCACUUUCAUCUGCCCUACAAAUGGGAAGUGUAUGAUAAGUCAUCUUGGGUAGAGCUCCACCACAUGGAAGAAAUUGAAAAGGCUUUUUGUGACCCGGAAAAUACCCACAGUGAAGGGUCUCGGCCGGUAGACUUCCUGGAAAUGACACGAAACUCAGCUCCAGUCAGACGCCUCUCCACAGCUUCCUCUGUUACCAAACCACCGCACUACAUCCUGACCACAGAAUGGGUCUGGUACUGCAAGGGUGAAAACGGCAAGUGGAUUGAAUACGGACUGCCAGAUGAAAAACGCAAAGUCUCUUCUGUUACUUCUAAGGAGUUGGAGCAAGCAUACCUAGCAGAUAACAAUGCUGAAAUUAUCCUGACUAAAGGGCAUCGCCAGUACACGCUCAGUUUUAAAGACAUGUAUCAACGGAACCCAAAACAUAAUACGAAGAGGAAGGUGCGGAGAAGGCCCAGAUUUGUUUCUGAAAAAGCAGUGGAAAACAAGAGAAUGGGCAAAAGUGACUUCGCUCUGGCAUCGAGCUCCACCACAAAAUCAUUUCCAGAGAACUGGGACAUGGAUGCUGUGCCUGAGACUGGAUACAAGUUGAUUCAACUUUCUUUCUCCUCCGAGGAAUUCAAGGAAAUUCAAGAUCUCUUUCUGAAGAAAAUGACCACGGCCACCAUCCAUAAAAUCGAAAGAAUUCAAAACCCAUCUCUCUGGGAAGUGUAUCAAUGGCAAAAGGAACAGAUGAAGAAGAAAAAUGGAGGGAAGGAUGUUGAUGAGCAAUUGUUAUUCCACGGUACACAGAAAUCUCUUGUAGAUGCCAUCUGCAGCCAAAACUUUGACUGGAGAAUCUGUGGAGUCCAUGGGACUGCCUAUGGGAAAGGGAGUUACUUUGCAAGGGACGCCUCGUAUUCCCACAGUUAUACCAUGUGCACAUCUGGACACCGGAUCAUGUUUGUGGCUCGAGUGCUGGUUGGAGAGGCGACUGCAGGAAAAACCAGCUAUUUACGCCCCCCUUCUAAAGAUGGCAAUGACACAACCUUUUACGACAGCUGCGUGGACAAUAAAUACAACCCUUCCAUUUUUAUCAUCUUCGAGAAACACCAAAUUUAUCCAGAAUAUGUGAUAGAGUACAGUAAGUAUGGCAGAACACGGGGGAUGAACGUGUAAUGAAGACAUUUUACUUAUAUAAUUAUUUUUUUAUUUUUUUAUUUUUUUUAGCAUCAUCAGUAAAGGGUUAUAAGCACCCAAAAACAUUCUUGCCUAUCAUUUCUACAGCAACUUCCCCAUACCGUUUUGCUUUAUUCACUUUUACUCAGAAUUUUAUUUUUGUUCCAGGUAGCUCUUCAUUUCUGACAUUUUAAAACUGGGGAACAGAUUGUCAAGUCUCCUAUUUGCAAAUGUAUGUCAUCUACCCCUCUGAUUUAAAUCCCUUUUAUUCUGAGAGGAAUAACUCCUGGUGUCAAAUGAAAUACAUCCACUGUAAUCGGAUAAUACGUCUAGGCCUAAACCAACUACAUUUUUUUUUUAUAUAUAUAAAUAUUUAUAUCUAAUCCAAAUAAUGAUCAGAUUUUUACUUUUUUUUUUUUUUAAAGUAAAAAAAAUAAAAAUAAAAAUAAUGCUGUGUUUAUUAUAAUGAAGUACUGGCUGGAAGACAAACCAGCACCUUAUGACUUUAUAUUUUGAGAAAGUGGUCUGCCUGUGGCAAUACAACACAUAAGAGACAAAUUCAAGUUGUGUUUCACCUGCUGAAGGCACCAACAGUAACAAUUGUCAACUUGACUUAGGUGUGUGUUGUUAUUAUUAUUAUUAUUAUUAUUAUUAUUAUUAUUAUUAUUAUUAUUAUUAUUAUAUUUUUCAACAUAACAGUAGUGCUUGUAUCUGUAGUGUAGUACAUGUAAUAAAAUAACUGCAAACAAAGAACUUUGUAUUAUACCAGUCUGCAUAUUUAUCUAAUCUAGGCAUCUUCCACAUGUUUAUUGUUAACUUGUGAAUUGUUUCCUGUCAUACGUGUUACACAAAAGGAAACAGACUAUGUUGUAUUACAGGUAGGAAAAACAACAUGUACAUCUUUCUGAUCUUUAAACGAAACACUGCAUAACCUGCUGUGUGUAAUUUUGUAUUCAGCUUACCUGUAGGGAAUUACCGAAUAUAUCUAACUUUUGAUGUACUUUUAAUGUAGGCUAUAUUUCAAAUAAGAGUUCAGAAAAAUGAGAACCUUGCAUAUUAUACUGGAUGCAUAGUUAGGCAGAUCUUUGUGUAUAAAUACAGAGAUGAAAAUUUGAACUUGGAAAACUAUUUAGACUCAAGACUAAGACUAAAAAAAAUACAAUAAUUUUCUUUACAUAUGUACAGUAGCAUAACAUUUGAAAACCAGCCUGGGAGGUAGAAAUGAAUUGUCAAACAGAUUUCUUUACAUUUUUUAUACAUAACUUUGAUAUGCUGAAUAUUUUUUUAAUGUAGGGUUUGAAAACAUUACUUUUUAGGACAAUCUCUUCUUAUUGAUUGGGGAAAUAAUGUAACGGGUUAUGUUCCCAGAAAAAAAUAAAAUAUAAAAAAAAACACACAGUAAACCUCAAGCAAACUCACCUUGUAGCAGUUCCACUAGAGGGAGCCAUGGGAAUAUCAUUUAAUUUUUUUUGGUGACAAAAAAGUAUAAAAUGACAUCCAGCAGACACUAAUUUGCUCAAAUGAAAUAAUGUAAUGAUAGAGAUCCAGUCUACAACUGCAUGCCUGCUAGAAUUGCUUUAUUACACAACAGUUGACUUUUGUUCCACAAGUCGCUUCUGUUAUUAAUUAGGGUGCUGUUUAUGAAGAAUAUCGUAUGCUUUUUAAAAUAUGUAUUGGAGCACAAUUUAUGUAAUAAAAAUGCCUAACAAAUAAACUUUUUUCUAUUCUAA